UGCACUCUGUUAUAAAAGGUGUGUUCCUGGCUGUUUACCCUUACGGCAACAAAGAACUAAGAUUUAUAUCUGUCUUUCCUAUUCAGGGACUGGCACAUCUUCACAUUCAUCAUGUGAUUCACCGAGAUAUCGAGGGCCAGAAUGUACUGCUGACCGAGAAUGCAGAGUUGAUUUUGGUGUGAGCGCUCAGCUGGACAGGGCAGAGAAAUACAUUCUCUGGUUGGGCAGAGAAAUACAUUCAGAAGCAACCCCUACUGGAUGGCUCCAGAGGUCAUUGCCUGUGACAAGAACCCAGAUGCCACCUAUGACUACAGAGAUUUGACUGAACUGGCCAAAAAGCUUCGAGCAGUGGAAGAUAUGCGGCCACCUCACAAAGUGACAGAUUACUCCUCGUCCAGUGAGGAGUCGGGGACCACAGAUGAGGAGGACGAAGACGUGGAACAGGGAGGGGCUGGUGAGUCCACCUCUGGACCAGAGGACACCAGAGCACCGUCAGUACUGGGCAUAUCUUAG